CGCUGACGCCGCGGUCGACCGCUAGUUCAUCAUAAUGUUGAUCUCACAUCCAUGUUCGUACAUUAUCACGCUUGCCAACAGAUUAAGCUUUGUCUCGCUUCGUCUCGCCUCGGCUCGCGCAGUAUCGCCGCGGCAUCGCACCGGGAGGUCGCGUCAUGACUGCCUCGAGAGAGUACCGUGAGAGACUGAUCGACGAGGUGAAGAAGUAUCCAGUGUUAUACGACACACGACACGAGAACCAUCGAGAUAUCGACGUGAGGGAUCGCUGCUGGACAGAGAUAUCGAAGCGACUGGGCGCUAAUUGUGAAAUUCUGAAACGGGAAUGGAAGAUCUUGCGGGAUUCAUUGCGGCAGGCGCUCAAGAAGACAAGAAAAGGCGUGCGGACGAAAGCGGGAUUGCCGUGUAAGAAAUGGCGAUUUCAAAACCGAAUGUCAUUUGUGUUGCCACACAUGAUGAUUCGAGAAGACAACAGAGCAGCGAUAGAAGAUAAAAAAAUCGACGAAAUGGACAUCCAGUCUGAAGUCGAACAGGAUGAGUUAUGGGAGCCUAGUACAGCUGACAGCGAUUCUUUAGACUUAUUCUUUGCCAGCGUCUGUCAGAGUACGAAGCGACUGCCAACUAAAUAUCAGAAUCAAAUAAAAAAGCAAGUUCUUGAGGUUUUAUUACGAGUUGAAGAAGAACAUGAGAAUGAAAACAGUUUAUUGGAGACUAAAACGGAACGCACUUUGGGACAUAGUUGACGAAAUAACUCAUUAUCCAAUUCUUAAUAAACUGUUGAAUCAAAUUUGAAAUGUAUUUGUCUCUGUCUUACAUAUAGAAUUAAACAAAGAAAAUAUGAUAUUUGGCGUCGCGAUAGAUUCGUAAGAGAUGCUUUAGGUCUCCAAAUGUGAAGUGUUCGAUUUAGACUUUUAUUGUGGAUUUCUUUUAUAAAAUACAAUUUUGUUAGCUUAAUUUUGUUUGAUUAACUAAAAAACCAUAUACACUAUCCUUGUAUCUUCACCCUCGACUGACUUAAGUUCAAAUAUUAAGUAAAAUUAACUUGCUAAUUAAGCUACGUGUUAUAACUAUAUUUAUGUCAACAAUUGAAUUUCCUAUAAUUGUUUAGUU